UAAUAUAGGAGGGAGCUAGAAGAGAAAGAAUUGCAAUAAGGAAAGGGGGAGGAAGGCAAUGAGAGUGGAUCGAUUCCUCAGCCGCACCAGACAUUUAUAAAAGCUCAUUUGCUUCCCCCAAAUCCCACACACGCUUCCUUUUUCAUCUCUUUCUCUUUUCCUCUCUCGCUUAACACAAAGGAGGAAGAACAAACAAGGUUUUCGCGAUGGCUUCCAAGCGGAUCUUGAAGGAACUCAAGGAUCUCCAGAAGGAUCCUCCUACCUCUUGCAGCGCCGGUCCUGUUGCUGAAGACAUGUUUCACUGGCAAGCAACAAUUAUGGGUCCUCCAGACAGUCCUUAUGCUGGGGGUGUUUUCCUAGUUACUAUUCAUUUCCCUCCGGAUUAUCCCUUCAAGCCACCCAAGGUUGCAUUCAGGACGAAGGUAUUUCACCCAAAUAUAAAUAGCAAUGGAAGUAUUUGCCUUGACAUAUUGAAGGAGCAAUGGAGCCCUGCACUAACUAUUUCUAAGGUGUUGCUCUCAAUUUGUUCCCUGUUGACGGACCCUAAUCCUGAUGAUCCUUUGGUCCCUGAAAUCGCCCACAUGUACAAGACAGACAGGACCAAGUACGAGUCAACCGCCAGAAGCUGGACCCAGAAAUAUGCCAUGGGUUAAGUGACCUGUGGUAUGUGUAAGGGAGAGCCUCUCUACUUCCAGUGUUUAGGCCCCUCACCCCUUGUAUGAAUAUUUGUCGUUUUCAAUCAUGAUUUAAGGCCCCUUCAAUUAAAGAUGAUUGGGGGUAAAACGUUUCUCAUGCUGUUUGUAUUGCGAAUGUUGAUUUUAGAACAGUGAAAUGUAGCCCCAAUCAAAUGUUAUGCUCAAAUUUUUAACUGUUCUAAAAGUCCCAUCGCAAAUUUAUUUAAUUUUUUUUCCUGUUAUUGACCUUGUUUUCUAGACAAUAUCAAGAUAACAACUGUUGUGUGUUAUGUUGUGAAAUGACAUGUUUAAAAUUAUGUUAUAUCAUUAACAAGUGAU